CUGCGGGAGGAUAUACGUACAAUUUAACACGCGACAGAAAAAGACAUUAGUAUCACGGAGCAACCCCCUUUACGUUCAGUUCUCACAGUAAAGGUAAUUUCGCCUCCUACCUCAAGCGCGUGUGUCUCCUACGGCACUUAAGUUGCUGUCCUCGAAGUUUGUAUAGUUUUAUAUUAGUUUUUGGGGGUGUUGUUGUGUUCAGAUGACGGAUCAGGUAGACUACCUGGUGGUGGUUUUCACCGCCACAUCUGGCGCAAGCGGAGAACUGCUGGGAUCUGACGAGAAGGAGCUCGUCCAGUUGGCCUGGCAGUUGGUUGAUGUAAAGAACAAAACGUUGGGCAAGGUGAAUGAGCUCCUCAUUAAACCUGACCUCUCAGACUUGACAGACGAAAAACCAGAGGAGGAUGUGGUGGAGGAGUGCAGGGAAGAGGAGAAUGGGCCAGGAGCAGAUUGCACAUCCACUGUAACAAGUAUUGACAGCGCUUUAAACCUGUUUAAUCUACAAUUGACAAAUGAGGUGAACAGCGAGGGCACGGGCACGUCAUUAUGUUUGUGUACAGACGGCCAGCUCCCCAUCCGUCAAGUGAUUCACCCUGAGGCCGUGAGCAAGAACAUCCUGGUCCCCGACUGUUUCUACUCCUUCUUCGACCUUCGGAAGGAGUUCAAAAAACACUUCCCUACAUCCGACCUCAAGGAUUUGAAUGUACACGUCAUGGCAGAGGCUCUUAGAAUACCAGACAGUCCCACGUCGGAUCUCACGGUCAUUCAGGAUCCAUCGGUCGCAUCGCCAGCAGAAGUAGCCAUACAACAGGUCCAGCUUAUGGGCAGCAUCCUUCUUGCAAUGCUCUCGGAUCCCUUUUGCCACACAUUUUCUGACCCAGAGAGAGUCAGUGAGAGGUUUGAGAGCGGCACUUGUAGUAAGAGGGAGAAAGUGUGCGACAACACAGUGAUCAGAGCCAGAGGGUUGCCAUGGCAGUCCUCCGAUCAGGACAUCGCUCGUUUCUUCAGAGGCCUCAACAUCGCCAAAGGAGGGGCUGCACUGUGUCUUAAUGCUCAGGGGAGGAGGAAUGGAGAAGCACUUGUUCGUUUUGUCAGUGAAGAACACAGAGAUUUGGCGCUACAGAGGCACAAACACCACAUGGGAAGCAGAUACAUUGAGGUUUAUAAAGCAACAGGAGAAGACUUUCUGAAGAUAGCAGGAGGCACCUCUAACGAGGUGGCAAUGUUCCUGUCGCGUGAGGACCAGAUUAUAGUGAGGAUGCGAGGUCUCCCUUUCGCAGCCACACAUGAGCAGGUGCUCACCUUCUUUUCGCCAGGGAACGGGCUCAAAGAAUCGUGCCCCGUCAGCGGAGGGAAAGAUGGCAUCCUAUUCGUUCGCUACCCAGAUGGGCGUCCCACUGGAGAUGCUUUUGUUUUGUUUGCCUGCGAGGAACAGGCUCAGUGUGCUCUGAGAAAACACAAGGAAAUCCUGGGGAAACGAUAUAUCGAGCUGUUUAAAAGUACAGCAGCAGAGGUGCAACAGGUGUUGAACCGGUACUCAUCUGCCCCCCUGAUUCCUGUGGCCCCAGCCCCUCUGAUGUCUGUACUGCCCAUGAUGUCUCUCCUGCCCCCUCCUGUUGGUGUAAGAGACUGUCUAAGGCUGAGGGGACUGCCGUACACAGCGAUUAUUGAGGAUAUCCUCACCUUCCUGGGCGAGUUUACACAUGAUGUCAGGCAACACGGUGUACACAUGGUGCUCAACCAGCAGGGUCGUCCAUCAGGUGACUGCUUCAUCCAGAUGACUUCAGCGGAGCGGGCGCUUCAGGCCUCACAGCAGCUUCAUAAGCACGUGAUGUCCAGCGAGCGAGGGGCCAACAGUCGCUACGUGGAGGUGUUUCCCUGCAGUACUGAGGAGAUGGGCCUUGUGCUGAUGGGGGGCUCGCUGUCACACAUGCACACACAUACACACAACAGGAGCAGGAGUGGGACGGGGCUCAGCCCACCGCCAUGUUUAUCCCCGCCGUCCUACCCCUUCGCCGCUGUUCCACCUGUCCUGUCCUCAGAGUCUGCUGGUCUCUACCCUCCCAUCGGGCAGUUAUUGUUGGCCCCCCGCCCCAUGCUACCAGGACAUCCCUAUUAUCCUGCUUCAGCUCAGAUAUACAUGAACUACACAGCAUACUAUCCCAGUCCACCUGGCUCACCGACUGUAGGAUAUUUCCCGGCGCCCUCCUCCCUGUCCUCCCCAGGAGGGUUGAUAAGAAUGCCAGGGCUGCCCUAUAACGGCAGUGGAGUUAAAGACCUCAUUAAUGCAGUUCAAGGAUACCAGUAUACUCCCGAAGAUGCUCUAAUGCACGCCCACGGGCCCAUGCACGCUCACGACCCCGCCAGGACUUUGCUCACGCAGCCCAAAGAAUGGGGCCCUGCAGAGUCCAUUUCUCUCCUGAGCACCAGUCUGAUUGGUCAGUCCAGCAGGGGAGAUGCUUCCCUCAUGUCCCUUCCCGCUAUCAUGGCCAAGCCAGGGGAGCAGUACCUGGAUCUGACCCUGCUGUAGGGUCAAACAUAUGCAAAGGUCACGUGACUACUUGUUAUGUUUAAAAAGACUUGUUAGUUGUUUUUUUGUUUUGUUGUUGUUUUUCUUUUUAAAUAUAUGUAGUGUGUUAGAUGUGUAAUUUAUAUCUUUAGACACAGAGAUAAUUGUAUUUUUUACCAAAUUAAUUGUGGCCUUAGCCAAAAUAAUACCAUUUUUUCUUAUAUUGCACAGUGUACAUCAUAAAAGCUUUAUGAAAUGUGUUAAGCUGUUAUGUUUUUGUAAUCAUCAUGAUUUUUUUGCUAUCCAAACUAGAGAAUAAUGACCUAGUACCAACUGAGUUAAAUAUGUUCUCUGUAAAACUCUGUGAAGAGUGAGUGUGUGUAUGAGUGUGAAAAAGAUGAGAAUGAGUAUUAUGCAUGGCAGUGUUCAAGCGUUUUAUUGCUUAAUCUGUCAACGCGGUCCAUUUUAUAUGUGUAUAUACAUUUGAUACAGUACACAGUGAUUGUAUUUAAAACUUUAGUGCAUGAAGAAGUUUAGUAGUGAAACUUUAAAGAUGUUUACAUAAUGCCAAAUAUCAAUGCACUGCUAAACAUGAAAACUAUAAAUGAAUAAAAUAGCAGUAUCUUUGAGUGCUAACAAUUUUUACACUUUAAGUUUGUCCCAUAGUUUGAUCUUUGCAUCACUGGAAAAAGUGUGUUGUUUUAUGACAAAGCUGGCCUGUCUUUAGUUCCAGUGACUUGUGUCUCAUGUCCCAAGUUCUCAAUUUACUGAGGGAAUUUCAGGAAUUUGAACAGAUUCACAACCAAUUUUAUUGCAAAUAGUACUUAAUAUUUAUCAAGUCCUCACACUUUCUGUGUCUUACCACCAUAAAUACUGACCAUGUGGAGCAGGAGUGAACAAACAGCAUGGCCAUUUGUGUGUAUAUAUAUAUAUAUAUAUAUAUAUAUAUAUAUAUAUAUACAUAUACCGGUAUAUAUAUAUAUACAUAUUUUUUUUUUUGACAAGGAAAACAAACUAAAGAACAUGUUUCAUGUGAAUCCCUUUUUUCACCUUCUUGCUAUUUGUGCCCUACAGAGUUGAUAUGAGGGCUCCAUGUUUAUGUACACAUACAGGGCAUGCUGUUGUUCAGGACCUCCUGCUACAGCCAUGCUGGAAAAACAAGAAAAAUCCCAAACAAUAAACAUAUUACGUUAAGUUUUCUA